AAAACACACCACGAGAUAGCACUAUCUGCGGCUAAAACUUUCUGUUAUAUUAUUUUCAUAUAGAUUUAAAGAUGUUAAUAAUUCUAGAAACACCAAAGACUUUAGUGUUUUUUUUUACAAAGUUCAAUUUCAAACAAGAUCACGGAAAAUUUUUGUUUAAGUGUUGACAAUUGAAAGUCAAUUGUCGUCUGCUGGUGGUGUGUUUUAUAAAUGUGCUUGGUUGAGAUGAAUAUCGAUCGAUUUAUUUGUAUGAACAGCGUUCCAAAGAGUAUUAUAAUGCAGUUGAGUGUUUGCAUCGUUGCUUUCUGUGUAGUUAAUCUCUUGAGACAUAUAAAAUAAAAAACUAUGUUUUGAAUGAAUGCUUACUUCUAUUGCUUGAAAAAAAUGUUUGUUUUGGUGUUUGCAAUGAUGUGUGUAUUCACACCCACUGUUUACGGUUUCGUGGAUGAGUUAAGUUUGAGUGUUAAAAAUAAUAAUAUAUCCAAAAGAUAUGACUUGGAUCUGCAAACUUGUAUUGAGAAUUUUGAUGUUCAUUUGGAUAAAAUUAUAAGGACCCAGGAUUCUAGAGCGAUGGGUGCAAAUUACAUUAACGAAUUCGAUGUAGGUUCCAGAGAAGAGUGCCUAAGGUUGUGCUGUGAAACAGAUACUUGUGAUGUAUUCGUCUUUGAAGAGAAGAGCCCGGGCAGCUGCUACCUGUUCCACUGCGGCUCGCCGGACGACUUCAAGUGCAAGUUCACGAAGCACCACAACUACACGAGUGCCGUGCUCACGGCCAGCAAGCACGCCAGCGAGCUCGAGUCGCAGAUCAAGCUGACCAAGCACGAGGAGGAGCUGACACGGCUGAGGAAGCCGCCUCAAGUGGCUGCCGAGGCUACUGCCGCGCUCUUCCCUCCAACCACCAACAGUCCAUCCCGGGAGGUCGUGCCAUUGGCUGUGGCCACACCCAACACACUCACCAGCCGCAGGUGCAGCCGCUACCAGUUCGAGUGCCGCUCGUCGGGCGAGUGCAUCGCCAUCUACAACGCGUGCGACGGCAUCCCGCAGUGCAGCGACUCCAGCGACGAGGCGGCCGAGCUGGGCUGCCCGGCCCAAGCGGUGGUGACGACACCAGCCGCGCCGGUGACUGUGCCGCGGCAGCCCGGUGCGCCGUACGCCUGGCAGCGGGAGCCAGUGUCAGGGGUGUCUCCGGAGGGCCACCGCCCCAGUGGGAACACAGCCCCCGAGCAGCACUUCCCCCCCGCACCCCCCGCCCCGGGCAGCCUGCUGUACGGCCGCGAAGGGGAGGGCUACGUGCAGUGGCCGGCCUACCAGCAGUACCGCAAGCAGUACGAUGACGGAGGGAACAGUCACAUCUUCAACCACAAGAGCAGCGGGUUGGUGUCUGAGACCGACAGUCCGGCCGGGUCGUACGGCGAAGGCCUGCGCGCUGGCUACUAUGUUGGCGGCAGCGGAGACACGGUGCCUCGGUACCGACAGCCUGUUCCCGGUGGCUGGCCGCAACAAGCCGACUCCCACGACGAGGGGAUGCGCGGCAGCAAGCUGUCGCCGGACUACUACUACGAGGACGGCCAGGAGGGGAGGUUCCGCGGACACAGGCCCCCAGCCCCGCUCCCGGCUCCCCGGGGCAAGGGGCAGCAGCAGCUGGUACCUGCAGAGACACUGCCGCAGAGAAAGGGAUCGAUAGCUGUGGAGGUGCUUGAGCCUCAGUCCUCGACAACCACCACUACACCCACGACCACUGCUGCCACCACGGCUGCCGUCGUGCCGCCAACCACCAGCCUCCCCACCACCGCAACCAGGAGACCCGGCCACCGCCACCACGACCACCACGACCACCACGACCACCACGACGAUGACGUGGAGGUGGAGCUGGAGGAGCACUGGGGCCGGCCGGUCGGGGCCGUGCUGUCGCUUGCCAUGGGGCUGUGCAUCACGUGCGUAAUGGUGGUGCUUGUGGCGUGCCGACUGCGCAUGGUGCAGCGCCGGCUGAGGCGGGGCGGCAAGUCUCCGUACGCCCACGAUGCAGACUACCUGGUCAACGGCAUGUACCUGUAGCUCCUUCGCCUCUGCGUGGCUCAUCCUUGUUGCCAGAUAUAUGCCAUAGAGCACACAAGUUUUAGGCACACCUUUAUAAUUAAUGUAAUGACAAUUUUUUUUAAAUGUACCUGAAACAAUAUAUUUUAACAAGAGCAUCAUCUGAUAAUAUUCAGUUUUUACUUCUAACGAGAAGUAACCAAAAUAUUAGUGAUGCACCGAUUCCGAUACCGAUUAACGAUAAUCGCCGAUAAUUACAUUUUACCGAUUAAUCGUUAUCACCGAUUAUUUAAAUACCGAUACCGAUGUAAGUUGUAUUUUACGCAUCCUUUAUUUUCUCGUCAGAUUUCGUAGACAUAUUUCGCCGCAUAUCUUACGCCAGAUUUUAAAUAAAAAAAAUUAGGCGCACACUCACUAUUUUAAUUUAGUAUUCAUUCCCGCCGCUAUUUAUUUUGUAAACACGCAACUAAGAACCAUAGAUACCUGCAUACAGCUCAAAGUUGUACUGCCAACUUUAGAAUAAGACAGCAUUAAAGUGGUUACGAUUACGAUCAGGUUUAGCAGCGCUAGCAAUCAUAGUGAGAAAUAAUGAAAACGUCCGGAAGGAGAGAGCGAUUGCUUUAGCACCAAAUGUUUGCGAACUUCAGUGUUGGCUAACUUUCCUGUUAUUGGCGUCUUUGUUGACAUCAUAUAAUCUAUGGAAGUAUUCCGAAGGUGUUGUGUUUUUAAAUGUAAAUGUUUAUUAUUGCGAAUGCGUAUUUAUUAAAACGAGACUGUUUUAAACAAUGGCGCCUGUGAAGAUAUUUUAAUGCUUAGUAUUGCUUGAUAUAUUAUUAUUUGUUUAAUUUAGCUGUUGGAAAAUGAAAAUGUGAUAAAAUAAUCGGUAAUCGGUUUGUAUCGGUAUCGGCCGAUGUUUAUGUUGGUUAUCUGUAUCGUUUCGGUAAUCGGUAAAGCCUUAUCGGUGCAUCACUACAAAAUAUGCCAUCUUGGUCUCAAUAUUUAAUAUUCAAAAUUUUGGCUCUUUUUGAGCACAGUACAUAAUUUUAUGGAAAGCCUCAAGUGACCGACUGCUUCUCCUCUAAAAUUAGUCUUCCGUCUUUUUUCUUUCAGAAUGACUGCACCUGUAAUAAUUCUGUAAAUAUUUUAUGGUCUUUGAAAGAUUAAAAAAUAGUAAAAUUAAAACUUAUUGUAAUUUAACAUUAAAUACAAAAUAAGAUUUUUUUAUGUCAGCAAGCUGGGUAGUAACAAUCUGGUAACAGUGGCUGCCAUUUGCUCCGUAUUGCAAACUAAAUGUUAUGUAUGUUUGGAGACUGCCCUGUUCAUUGUUUAUGUAACCGACUAAAUGUGGCUGGGAUUCUACUGAUGAACUAAGUGAUAUGCUUGUGUUUUUCUUCAUCAACUUGGCACACCGUGCAAAUAAGGCUAUCAACGCUGCUACAUCUGAAUCUUACAGACUUUACAGGAGAAAGUUUUUUUUGCGAAACAUUUUCAUCAGCAUUACCAUAUUGAGCUCAGUGUAUAUUUUUUAGUGGUGCACCGAUAUGACUUUACCGAUUACCGAUUCGAUUACCGAUUAUAAGAGCAAUAAUCGGCAGAUACCGAUUCAGUUACCGAUUAUUAUGAAGAAAUUUUUUUAAGUGUAAUAAUGCACACAAAAUUUUUUAUUCCCAUGUGAAUUUAAUAACAAGAUUAGGUAAAAUUGAGAAUACGGUUAUAAUAACAGUAUAAAAAUAUAUAAAAUACACUAUUAAGUCAUUGCAAAGUGUAAAUUAAAUUAACUUCUAUUUAUAUUUGAUAUUGUAAACAACUUGGAACUACAGUCUAAUAAUUGUAAUUUACAAUGGGUAAGUUUUUGUUGCGGAAAACUAGCAUUAUUAUUGACUAUCACAUAAGGUUGCAUCAAGAAAUUACCGUUUAACAAUGUAAACAUGCUGCUUUAUUUUUUUCUCUUGAGUUUAUAGAAACAUGUUUCCACACUUCACUUUUUUUUCUCCCUACUCGCCAUCUCACUAUAAUUAUAUAAAAAUGACUAAAAACCAAUUCUAGCACAUGUGAUUUUAUUUAUGUUGACUGAAUAUAUAAAAUUAUAAAUACUUUUUCACUUUUCACGUCACAUACAAAUAACAAACGGAUAAUGUUACCAAAGACGCCCAUAACGAGUUUGUAAAACGCAGUGAUAAAAACUAGAAGGUAUCGGGACCACGAUUUUGAACCGCUACUACGACUCGAAAAGAUCGAUUGUCAUAGAAUCCACUGCAACUGUUUGUGGUAUUUUGAUUGCGUGCCAUCUAUUUUACGUCUCUGGCUAUAGGUAGUGUACAAGGCCACUAAACAAAAGACAGAACAAAAGACAAAACGUAAAUAAACGUGUAGGUAAAAUUUAUUUUUUAUUGUUAGAGGCAAUGAGAUUUAUUAAACUUAACAAAAUAUCUGUAAUUAUGAUAUGACGGAGUUAGAUGAAUUUUGUAAUAUAUACAAAUAUUACCGUAUUUCGUCCUAAAAUGUGUAACAAAAUAGUACACGGUAAAAAUCUACUUUACGCCAGGACGUAAAUAAUCGGCAAAGUAAUCGUUAAGAUAAUCGCCGAUUACGAUUAAUCGGUAAGUACCCAUAAUCGCCUAUUACGAUUCAUUGGUAUCCGCAUCGGUGCACCACCACUAAUAUUUUUUAUAACUCAGUCUUAAAGAUAACUCUACUAACAGCAAUGCUACUGUUGUAAAUUGUUUUGGGUUCUCUUUCUGUUAACUGAUUGGAUAGCUUAAAUCAUAAGAAUAAAAUUAUUCUUAUUAGAAUCUCAAGGAUGUUUGUGUGUUUUGUAUCCAACAGCCAAUUUUCAAGAUGGUUAAAAUUCUAGGGACAGGUACUUUUCGCGAUCGCGAAUCACCGUCGUUAUUUCGCGAUUUUGGCCCUUUAUUUACGAAAAUGCAAAUUUUGCGAUUUUCCACUUUUGUCACGAAUUUGGUCAAAAUUUCGUUAUUUGAAGCUUAAAUUGCCACAAACACAUAUAAUUUAGAUAUAAUUCAUCUUCCGUUCGUAACACCAGCGCACCAAUAAAAAAGAAAACAAUAAAACAACUACAUAAAAAUACAUUUUACCGUGCCGACAACAUUACUAGGCAAAACUAGGUAAACAAUUCAUUUUCUCCAGCCAUAACCACAUUCUGUGGCAAUAAUAGCACGGCGAGGUUAACGACCACAGAUGACGGUAAUCCAGGACCGUUUACAUUUUGUAUUUUAACAUUACAAGCUUCAACAUUUGUUUCUCGUGCCAUGAAGUUAUCAAAACAAAACGUGUUACUCAAUAGACGUGUUAUCAACGUAGCAGUACGAGAAUGCGAGAAAGAACACGAACGUUUACGAACAAUCGAUUGUUGUUAAAUCAUACAAUCAAUCGUGUUCGGUAGAUAAAAACGAUACCGCGUUCGGAACGCGUAAAUUUUGAUAUCAACGAAAAUUACAAGUGUGUUUUUUCUUCAUAAUUUACUUAACCAUAAAAUACUUCAGGCAAUUUUAAACUGCGACAAACAAAUUGAUGGAUGUAUGUAAUUUUUUUUCUUCGGUUGUGUUAGGUUACUGCACAUGAGUGCAUUUAUUAUUAUUCGGUGGCUAUUCGUUGCGGUAACUGAACAAAUAUCGUGUUGACAGUUUUCUCGCUGCUUCGCUGUGCCGAAUCAGUGCUACUUUAGGCACGAUUUUUUUUAUUUUCUUAGUUUUACAAAAUUUUAAAUUUUUUUAUAACUUCAAUUUUCCUCCUUCACCCGCUGCUUUCGCCCCCAUCCAAACUUGUUCGGUCGAGUGUACCGGCAGGUUAGCUUGUUGAGCAGUAUAGUGCUCUCACCGCCGUUUCCCACCAAAUUUGCUGGUUCUAGCCGACUACAGGGCUAUUAUCAGCAACGGUAUCCACUGGCCGUCGCGUCUCGUCACGAGUUUAGCGCUACGCGUGACGAAAGUAGCCACCCUAAGCUUCCCAUGGUCACCUCCACCCCUUCUCGGAGGUGUGCUGAAGUUUGCGGUCUCUAACACGUUUUUGUGUCCUUUUUUCAAGCUCCGCCGCACGUCCCGACGCCUGGCCGGCGAAGUCUCCCAGGGCAGGUCAUUCACCGGACAUACCCCCCACCCCUCCCUGGUCCACAGCGGUCAUCGGCCAGCCGCGCCAGUGACCAAUCUCAAGGCCAAAAUCCCCCCCCCCAACUUGCAAAAUGGCGGCCACCAAGUGCCGCGAUGGUCUCUGCGAGACUCCGAUCUGCAUGCCCACGCCAUCUAGCGGCGAAAGGACGAACCAGCUAUCCCCUAUCCCCACCAGGAGAAACAGUCGACCUCACACUUAGUCGAUAGGUCGCCAGAGCCCUUUUUUUUCUUUCGGAGCCCUUCGGAGCACUUCGGGUUUCCCGAUCCCCUCCUCCAGAGGAACAGACGACUGAACUAAAGUUUAAGUUAGCGUCCCGGCGCCAUUUUCAGGGAUUUUGAGGGCAGCUCUCGUCCAGCGCGCAUCUUUGCAACAGGUCGCAGUAACGACCAGCAGCUAUCGUGAUCCGCUUUCGGCGAUAAUGUAGUUGCUUCUGAGCCAGGCCAUGUCGCCUAGAUUUUUUUUAGUUUUUCUUAGUAGCUGCCCAAAUAGCUAAGUUUAACUUUAGUUUUUUUUUUGGUUUUCGCCAUAACUAUUUCUUCUAUGGCUACCGCGAGCUCCCGUGCCGCGCAUCCCCGGAUCACCCCCAGGGACAGCCACUAUCUACUUCACCCUGCCAGCUAAGGUAAGCUGCACUUCGUCCCACACAAACCUGUUAGGUUGCCUUUUUUUUGGGCUUAACUUCGCCCGUCAUAAACUGCCUGCUAACCAAGCUAAUCCAGGUGGAUUAUUGGUUACAGGCAGGGUUCCAGAAUCCCAGAGGGUUCCAGAAUCCCAGAGUACUUCAAGGACCCCAGACCAGUUCAAGAUGGCGGCCCAGUUCCGGCGCCACAUUUUGCACCUCAACAUGUAACUCGUGAGCCUCUAUAACGGAGUCUCCCUCCAUCUUUCGGCACCCCUCAAAAAGAAGUGAAGAACAGUUUAUAACUCCGCCAGUUUUAGGACGUUUUCCAUAUUAUUAUAAAAUAUUGUACUUUAAACACAUAUAUUUGUUUUAUGAGCCUGCGAGCUCAAUGUUCCUAAACAGUUGAACUUAGCAUAGUAUGAAAUUGUGUUCCCCCCCCCCCCGGCCCCUCUUUCUCCUUUUUUUAUUCGUUAGUUACUCAAUGUAAUGUAUCAAAAAUAAGAAUCUGACAUUGUUAGCAGUUUUGUUUGUAAUGGCUGUAAUGCCGCAAGAUAUUUUCUAAUGUAAGAAACCUAUCAAUGAAAAGAUACUAAACUACUAAUCAACAGUAAAAGCCUCUAAUGAAACCAAA